AUGCUGGUUGCCAUUGUGGCUGAGGAGGUAUCCUUGAAGUGGGCUGCGUCCAGUAACACUGAUGACCAAAUUCCACUUCAGAAGCACAUGAUAGACCUGGCAAUCAAAGCCAUUGCCCUGACGGCUUUUGGAGAAUGCUUUGAAGACAGUGAAAACAUUAACCGUCUACAGAAUAGCUAUGACCUGUGCUGUUUCAUUGUCCACACCCCUGUUCCUUUGUCCACAUUUCUGUUUUAUGACCCACAAUCCCAUGUCUCUGUCCACAAUCCCAUUCCUUGGUUCACAAUCCUUUCACCGUAUUACCUAACAGGUUUGGGAGGUGAUAGAGGAGUCUCUUACAGUGGUUUCCCUGAGCCAGGAACUGACAGGUACAAAAGGUUUCAGACAGGGAAAUCUACAAUAUACAGAAUUGUUGAGGAGGUAAUUCAGCAUAAGCAGUUGGAGAGGGCAAGGGAUGACAAGGUUCUGUUCAUAGACUACCUCAUGUCCCUGGACUCGCCCAUCAACCUGGAUCGUGUCUUUGCCGACGGCCUCAGCUAUAUGAUUGGUGGGUUCCACACCACAGGAAACAUGCUGACUUGGGCUCUGUACUUCCUGGCCUGUGACCAAGAUGCUCAGGAAAAGCUGGCCACAGAAAUACAGACUGUGCUGGGUGGAGAUAAUGUUAACCCUACAAACAUCAACAAUCUGACAUACCUUCGCCAAGUUCAAGAGGAGACACUGAGGUGCUCAGUUGUGGCUUCCUGGGCUGCUAAGUUCCUUGAUGAUGACGUGGAGCUGGGGGGAUACCUCAUACAGAAAAGGACCCCAAUAAUAACUGCCCUGGGAGUCAUGUUACAAGAUGAGAAGUACUGGCCAGACCCUACAAGAUUUGAUCCGGAGAGAUUCAGCGCAGAAAACAUGAAGAAGCGGCAAGGUCAUGUGUUUUCUCCGUUUGGUCUGGCGGGGAAGAGGAUUUGCCCCGGUUACAGAUUUGCUUACGUGGAGACCGCCGUUGUCCUGGCAACGCUAGUUGGGAGGUUCUGCUUCAAGCUGGUUGAAGAUCAGAACAUAAAGCCUGUCUUUGGACCUGUGACUCAUGUCAGUGAGGAGGUGUGGAUUAAAGUUGCUAAGCGAUGAGGUGGCAAUGAUUGACAGCUGAACUUGAUACAGGUAUAUAUUCAUGUAUCUGACUUGAAAAAAGUACUAUAUAUUCUGUUUAAAAGAUAAAUGAAAGAAUAAAAAUGGUGAUGGUAAAUGUUGAGUGUGUAAACUAAUAAUACAGAAAAGAAAAAGUUUACUUAUUUAGGGGGAAUAUUAAUUAGAAUGCUUGUUGAUACAUAUUUUCUGUCAGAAUUAUUUCUAUAAGUGAUGCAAAAAUCAGGCGACUAUCACAGGUCUACAAUUAUAUACGUGUAUACACUGCCGAAACCUGUCUCCACAAUCUGAUUUCUUGUAUUGGUUUAUCGAAUUCUAACUGGAAGAACAUUAUUUUAUACAAGCAUAAAGCAAAAUUAUGCUUCACGAACCCUUUAAGUCAUAAGUUCAAAUUUGUCCUAUUGGGUAACCAGCUGAAAACAGAACAAACUGUGUUUUAAAAGCUGGAUUCACAGGCCAUGAUUUGUUCAUAUUUACAAAUCAUAAUAGUUUUCUUCUGGUUUUAAUUUGACAAUUCAGCCAAUACAGCAAGUCAGACAGCUUAACUGUUUUAUACAUGCGGCUUAAAAGUGUAAAUAUAAUAAAGUAAUCAAGUAUUUUCUGAGAGGUUUGGGGAAAGGCCGCAAUUUACAGACUAUUUUCUAAAUGUUAAUUAUUGUCCACUUUGUAUUAACAUGUUUUUGAAUCAUAAUUGUCAACUUCAAAUGGUCCAUUCAUUUAACACAGGGCCUUCAUGCACACUGACAUGAACUUUGAAUAUAGCAGCUGUCGCAAAGAUGCUUUGGUUUCUGUCUCGUAUAAAUAAUGUCUUGAACGGCUGAGUUUCAUUCUUGGUAAAAUUAGUUUUUAUGAAAAACAAGUUUACGAUAAAUAAAAAGUAAUUAAAUUCUGUUUGUGAAAUAAUGUUUUGAAAAACUGUGUACGUUCUUACACAGAAAGUUGUUUCCAUAAAAUGGUGAUAUAUUUUCUGCUUUUAUACAUUUUAUGAAGUGCCAAUUCCUUACAUGAAAUGAUUUAUGAAACUGUCAGUUUGUAACAAAUAGUGCUUCCUUUUUUUUAAACACCACAGAAAAAUGCCUUAUUUUGAGCCAAUAUAACCGAGAAUAGUUUCAGAGAAUAAUUCGUUACAUGAAAUAAAAUUUUGUCAAACUGUGUCAGUUUGUAACAUUUUGUGCCAUAAUAAACAUUAUGAUAAUAUAAUUAUAAUAUACAUUAUACCUGAUGACAGAUUGUGCCAAUUCCGUUCAUGUUAUUUUUGUACCACAGAAAAAUGCUGUAUUUAUGUUACUUUACAGUCCCAAAAACGAUUUCACACAAAAAUGAAAAAUUUCGUUCCAGUAUAGAUUUGAUCAAGUGCUAAUUCCACAUGUGAAACCAUAUUUUGGGAAACUGUGUGAGCUCGUAAAAAAUGGGGCUACUUUUUUUUUGUACCACAGACAAAUGUUUAUGUUUACCUCACUUAUUAUCGAGUGCUAAUUAUAAUUGCCGACAAUAUUACCGAUCAUUACACUUUUUAUUAAGUAUAUACGUGGAUGUACUUAAAAGUAAGGCAGAUGGUUUUUAAGUAGAAAAUAAUAUUAUGUGGAUGUAUACUCCAGAAUAUAGAUGUGUUAUAUGUAGCAGCAAAGUUUUAACAUAUGCAAUUAAUAAAAUGUUAGCAUAUAAAGCUCACAGUUUAUUAACCAAGAUGUUGUGAAGCUCUCAAUAAAGCUACGUGUUGUGAAGCUCUCAAUAAAGCUACAUGAACUUCAGGAAAUCUGACAACGAAGGAGUCCCAAGAGUGCAUGUACGUGUAAUGUGCCUCCUUGUUCUUAUUGUACCUGAUGCUGCUUCACUGAGACGACUUACCAAAGUGAAAGUAAGCCGCCUCGCCCAAGCCAUUAUACUGAUACUUGUCAACCAGUCGUUGCACUACCCUCUUAAUGCUCAACGCCAAGCGAGGAAGUGCAACUUCCUGUCUUAAGGUCUUAAGUGUGGCCCUACCCAGGAUUGACCCUGGAUCUACCGCCCCCAAAGCGAAUGCUCUACCAUCAGGGCCGGUCUUCAGAAAUAGAGCGAAUCUUCUGAUGCUGUUGAAGAAGAAUAAUGCAAAAUAAUGAACAUAUAUUUGAAGUACUGUACUGAUUGCUCAAACAUAAAACACACGUAUGUGUAGUUUCUCACGCGACUCAGGACGGUUUUGCUACAACAGCUUGGCAUUUCAGAAAUACAUACAGUACAUGAUAACAGUCAACACAGUUGGUUACAUGUUGGUUUGUUUUUUGUUUAAAAGAACAGCACGUCGAU